AUGGAUACUUUACCAGAAGCAUUUGGUAUGCUAAGACUUCUUGGUCUUUGGAAGUCAGAUAAAUGGAUUAUUACAGUCAUUGGAAAGAUGAUGAAUGUCUUGGGACAAAGACACCAGAUUAUCGAACUUAUGAGAAGUUUAGAAGUGAUACAGUUUCAGCCAAAAAAUGAAAAAGAACAUCAACUGAAAGAGCAAUGCAUUAAAUCGAUCAGAUUUUAUACUCACGCAUACAUAGCAUUUGUUGGAAUAUUAGCUAUAGUACAUAACUCGCUUGUAAUGCUUGAAUGCUAUAAAAAAGGCUCAUUACCUUACAAAGUUUGGUUUCCCUAUAAUGUAUCAAAUAUAUACUUAUUUACGUCUUUUCAACAAGUAAUUACCAUUAUCUUUGUUGCUCAUAUAAAUGUAACAUAUGAUACAUUACUCUUGGGUAUACUUUUCCAUAUUUGCCUGCAAGUAAAUAUUCUCAAACAUCGGUUCCACGGAAUGUUGAACGAUUUACAAGGCAUUUUAUCGCUCAAAGGCGACAUGAAUUCUGAAGAAUAUAGGACACUAGAGAAAACACUUAUCACUGAAUAUGUAAUGUACCAGAAUGCUAUUUUCAAACUUGUAGAAAAUUUAACAGACAUUUUUUCACUAACGAUGUUUCUUCAAUUUGGAUUAAGUGCAUUAAUUCUCUGCACCAGCAUCUACGCUUUAGCUCAGACAUCAAUAUUUUCACCAGAAUUUAUUGGUUGUACUGUGUAUAUUGUAUGCAUGAUCUCACAUAUAUUUUUACCAUGUCUCAUUGGAAAUCAAAUGACUCUUGAGUUUUCUGAGCUCAAUGAUGCUAUUUAUAGCACCAAUUGGUAUACACUGAGUAACAACUUUCGAAAAUGCAUGAACUUAAUCAUGAUUAGAUCAUCAAAGCCAGUUACAUUCUCGAGUGGGUAUGUCAUUUCUUUAUCAUUAGGAGCAUUCAAAAGUCUGAUUAAAUUAUCUUAUUCAAUUUAUAAUGUCUUUCAACAGUCGUCGUAA